AUGGCAUUGAAUAGCGUUGAGAACCUAAUACGAGGAGACGAUUACUCGAGUCCGUUCAAUUUCGAAAGCAACCCAGAGAAGGAGGAGGAAUUCAGGAAUUGGUCCCCGAAAAAGCGGAAGCAAGCGAAGACGGAGAAGUUUGAAAUAGUAUAUGAGAAACGCCGUUCGCGAAUUCCACGACCCGUUAAGAACAAUGUGUGUGAUUCUCCGGAACUCUCGCCUCGGCAUCAUCGGGAAAAUCGGCAUCGCGAAAUCUCUUCGCCGGGAAAACUCCCGACAGAAAUCGCUGAUGCACCUAAUUCGCGAGUACCGUCGGUGAAAGCUCCGAAGAAACUGAAAGCUAGGCGUCCAGUUAGGAAAAAAUCCGCAUUGGAAGCCGAAUGCUUCGCACCUGAUGAAGAAGAUGACGUUGGUUUCCGCGCCCCUGAUGCUUUUGCUGAGAAUGUCAACGUCCAGUCGAACGUCAGGCAGAAGCGCAGAAGAGGACUUAAGGAGUCGCUGGUUCGUGGGGACAAACGCAACACGUCUCACGCUCGCUUCGAGUGUGAACCGUCUACCUCUUUCUUUGAUACCACGAUGCUGAGUUUUGGCGCAUCUGAUGAUGUAUGUGUUUCUGAAGAGCUUCCUCUCUCGCCUACCAUCGUGACGCUGUGUCCAACUAACAAUGAUAACUGCACGAAUGGGUGUGCUUGUGAUGUUCGAUCUCCUGAGGUAUCUAACUCGGUAUCCUCGCCGGUUGUACAAAUCGACUCUCAAGCUAUAGCGGAGUUUCAGAAGGAUGAAGAAAAGCGACGGAAAGAUCGUAGAAGAUCUCGUGUAUUUUCAGAUGAUCCCGAAGAAGACAAAAUCCGGGUCCUUUUGGGCAGACGCCCAAUGACCACUCACAACAUCCGCAUGGCGUAUCUGGAAAAUUCUUUAGAUUCCCUGGCUUUGAAAGAGGAAGAAGAACCGGUAAAUAACGAGCCUGUUGUGGAGACUGCGAGUCCUGCUGGAGUUGAGAACUCUCCGAAUUUGCGACGAUCGAAACGCGCGAAGAAACCUGUGGUUGACCCAACCCCCCCGGAGCCUAAAAAGAAAGUUCGGAAAACGGCAAGAAAGAGCUUGCUUCACGAAAAUAUUGAGGAUGAAUCCGUCUUGAAGUUCAUCUACGAUCCCGCGCGGCUAAAGACUGAAUACCAGCUACAAGUGACACUACUUGAAACUAUCUUGGAAAAUUCCGUUUCUGAGUCGAAGAAGAAAAUCGCAAGAGCUUGUGUUUUUCCCACGGACCCAGUUGUAAAAUGUCUGGAAAAGCGAAAAGCCAGAAAGAAAAUGGCGUCAGCUAAGGGCUUGAAGAUGACGGGGGACAAAAAGGUUAUGGUGGUCGGGCUAACGUGCCUAGACACCAUAUCUGUGUGCGAGUCGUUUCCGACUGAAGACAGUGACACGCGUUGCUUGGAGUCUCGUUGGCAGAAAGGCGGCAAUGCCGCCAAUACGGCGGCUGUGCUCGCUGAAUUUGGCGCGCGAACUGAGUACGCUGGUGUUCUGGGAUGUGACCCUGUUUCUAGUAUCCUCAGGGACUGGUUCAAGCUCGAAGGUGUCAUCCAUGAAGAUUGCCAGGUGGAAGUUUGUGGGUCCCCGUCAUCGGCUGUUAUCUUGAACGCGGCAAACGGUUCUCGCACGAUUCUCCACCACAACCCGGGUCUUCCGGAACUGAGUCGACAUCACUUCCGGGCUCGCCUCCUCCCGAAGCUCGGCGAUUUCGACUGGAUCCACUUCGAAGGCCGUAACACCGCGGAACUGCUUCGUAUCCUUCCGGAACUUCCGUCCCACCUCACAGUGUCUAUCGAGCUGGAGAAACCCCGACCCGAGCUGCUUCAACUCAUCGAAUUCGCCGACGUGCUGUUCGUGUCCAAAGAAUUCGCUGCUUUCAACAAUUGCCCCGACAUGACUUCUGCUGUGAAACACUUCAAGCAACUCGCCAAGGAAUCCACGAUCGUCGUGUGUGCUUGGGGCGACGAAGGCGCUGCUUUGUUGGAGCACGAGGAAGUGUUGGCGUCGCCGGCGUAUCCGCCGCCGGUUGUGGUGGACACUUUGGGCGCCGGCGACACUUUCAACGCGGCUUUCAUCUACGCGAGGAGGAAGAACGUGGGUCUGGAGCGUUGUUUGGAGUUUGCUUGUCGGGUUGCCGGGGCAAAGUGUGGACAAGCCGUGAAAGCCGGGCUUCGGAGAUACGCGCAUGAGUUGUUUAGUGAAGCUGACACAGGUGCACCUUCUCCCGCUGGAAUUUCUUGCACGCCUCGUAAAGGCGGCAAAGUGGUUGUCUGCGACUUGUCCUCGUCGAAAGGCGGUGAAGUGGCGUCCCAGCUGGGCACCAACGCUCUGUUUGCCCCCUGCGACGUCACCUCGACUGCGGAAGUUGAAGCGGCGCUCAAGAAGACUACCGAUGAAUUUGGACGACUGGAUGCUGUCAUCAACUGCGCUGGGAUUGCCGUGGCUUUUAAAACCUACAACUUCAACAAGGACAGGCCACACACACUGGAGGACUUCGCAAAGGUGGUGCAAGUGAAUGUCGUGGGCACAUUCAACGUUAUCCGACUGGCGGCUGGUGUGAUGGGGAAAAACGAGCCGGUGAAUGGGUUACGCGGCUGCAUCGUCAACACCGCCUCGGUGGCGGCGUUUGAGGGCCAGAUGGGCCAGGCGGCCUAUGCGGCUUCCAAGGGGGCCAUAGUAGGAAUGACUCUUCCGAUUGCGCGGGACUUGGCUAGUCAAGGAAUCAGGUGCAACUCAAUUGCUCCAGGACUGUUUGAGACCCCGAUGCUUGCCGGGUUGCCAGAAAAAGUCAAAACGUUCCUGGCGUCAACAGUGCCCUGUCCUGCACGACUCGGCAACCCUGAUGAAUACGCCAUGUUGGUGGAGUCCAUUUUGUCGAACCCCAUGAUCAAUGGGACCGUGAUCCGACUGGACGGGGCUUUGAGGAUGCAGCCUGAUCAUGUCAUGCAGAUCGUGUUGAGUCGUUUAUUCGCGCAAUCGUUGGGCAGCACUUUGCCUCGACAUUUCAUCAAGUGCCGCCGUGUUCCUAAUGUGUUGCCUGUGAUUUUGAGUCGGCGUGAAAUCGUCAGAGGGAACAAUCCAUGUGAAAUGGAUGUCGAAAAAGUUGAACGUCAAAAAAGGGAAUUCGAAUUGCUGAAAUUGAAAGACCGACGCAAGAAAUAUUCCUGUGGUGAUGGGUUCGUCUGCCUAGAGCAGAUUCAAACCUGGAAAGAAUACUUCCAGAACCGUCGUGAUGUCAUUGAAAACUUGAGAGCUUCCGAGGCAAGUGCAAGUCCUUAUUCGUCGGAUGAUCUGCUCAACUCCAGACUGUCGCUGUGGAAAGGAGACAUAACAACAUUGGAGAUUGAUGCGAUUGUGAAUGCUGCGAAUGAACGUUUGCUUGGCGGCGGUGGAGUUGAUGGAUCAAUACACAGAGCUGCAGGACCUCAGUUGCUGGAUGAAUGCAGAACCCUGAACGGAUGCCAAACUGGGAAUGCCAAGUCGACGUUUGGGUACAAUUUGCCUGCAAAAUAUGUCAUCCACACUGUGGGUCCAGUGGGGGAAAAAGAACAACUUCUGAGGAGCUGUUACGAAUCCUGCUUCCAAAUCAUGCUUGAAAAUGACAUCCGUUCAAUUGCAUUUCCUUGUAUUUCCACCGGGGUUUUUGGUUACCCGAGUGAAAAAGCUGCAAAAUGCGCUUUGACCGCUAUCAGGAAAUUCCUCGACAAACACGGCGACAAGGUUGAUCGAAUCAUAAUCUGCGUGUUCCUGACGAAAGAUGAGCAGUGUUACGAGCGUCUCCUUCCGCACUUCUUCCCACCUUCGCCGGUUGUUUUCAGGCUCAAUUUCCAGGACGAACAAGUCCAAGACAUGUUCUUCAACGAAGCUAAGGACCAUCUGACAAAUGAUUCCAUGAACGUCUGGAAAGUGAUCAAGAAACAGGCGGAUAUCAUGGUUGCCCCUGAUGGCAUUGCGCACUUGAAUUCCAUGAUUUUAAGCAAGAACAUUUCGUCUCAUCUUCUACUAAGAAAUGUCAAGGAGGUAAUUAAGAAGACUGUCGUGCCGAAUUCUAGACGCAAGAAUGUUUUCAGGUUGUACCGAUACAACAGAUUCAACGCAAUAAACGCGUGGUUGGAUUCAUUAGCUCUCACAAACCCGUCCGUAAAAGUUAUCAAAAUCGGAAAUUCGACCCAAGGCAAGGCUUUGAAAAUAAACGCGUGGUUGGAUUCAUUAGCUCUCACAAACCCGUCCGUAAAAGUUAUCAAAAUCGGAAAUUCGACCCAAGGCAAGGCUUUGAAAGUUCUCAAAGUGAACAAAGGUGGAGGAGACAAGAAAGUAAUUUUCGUCGACGGAGGAAUCCAUGCCAGAGAAUGGAUCAGUCCGGCGACAGUUCUUUACUUGAUCAACAGAAUCACGGGAUCAAACCCGGAUCCAGUGCUGGAUUCUUUCGAGUGGCACUUUUUACCUGUGGUUAAUCCCGACGGUUACGAGUACACGCAUACCAAAAACAGAUUGUGGAGGAAAACGAGGUCUUCCCAAGGUCACCGUUCUUGCAAGGGGGUUGACGCCAACAGGAAUUUCAACUUUCAUUGGAGAGAAGGGCCUGAGACCAGAGCAGUUGUGUGCGAAGAAACAUAUCCCGGAAAGAAACCCGAGUCUGAGAGAGAAGUUCAAGCAUUGAGAGACUACAUCAUGUCACUGAAAAAUAAUCCUGAGAAAAAACUCGCUGCUUACUACAGUCUGCACGCUUAUGGAAAAUUGUGGCUCCUUCCGUACGGGUACUCGAAGGCUAAGCCGAAAAACUACGAGGAUCAGGUGGAGGUUGCCAAGGCUGGUGCCGCAGCGAUUUUGCGAAGCGGAGACGUUGCGACUGGGACUUCAAUGGAUUGGGCGCACGGAGUUGCUGGAUUUCCGUACGCUUACACCCUGGAGUUGCCUCCGUCUUCGGGUCGCUAUGGCUUCGUGUUGCCCGCCAAAUUCAUUAAGCCCGUUGGCACCGCUACGUUUUUCGGAAUCAGUGCUGCCAUGGAUGCCAUCAAGCGGAAGAUGGAGGAAAAUGCGUGAAUUUAACAUGUUGGAGGUGUCGAAACGUAUGCAUAAAGUUUUGCACGGAAAUCGAUUUCCCGUUUGUCUGGACUUCCUUGAUGAAUAAUUCAUGUUUCCCAGGAUUGAUUGGAUUGAAUUCUUUAGCAAGACGACUCUUGAUGGACUUUUUCUAAAUUAAAUUCAUGCAUUGAUUCUUUCUUGGAUAGUGUGAAUUGAUGGAGGCUCGUGAAAACUUGAGCAUUCAAGGAACAGUUCUAAAGUUUCGUCAACAUCUUGGAAUUGAGCUUGAAUGUAUGAAUUGAGUUUCUUGGCGAGAAGCAUCCAAAUCAGUGUAGAAUUACUAGAAAGGUCUGAAGCAAGACCCUUUACAUUCACUGAGUAAUUGAGUUUUUCCGCCCUUAUUAUGACUUCCGCUCCUUGAC